ACCAUCUGGCACGCUAACUCCGCUGUGCCAACAUGUCUAUCUUGCUGAAGGUUGCCAAGGCUGCGAUCUUGCUGACGGCUAUCGUCGUCGUAUUUUGGGGUGGAUCACCUCAAGAAUCUGGCAAGCCGGAAGAACAGUAUACCCCUCCGCCAAAGCAGCAACCGGUAUCUCAGCCACCUCCUCGUCGGCCGCCUCGAUCACAGAGUUAUCGAUCACCACCGCCUAGACCACCGUCACCACAUAGAUUGCCGAAAUACGAGGACGACAACCAGGAAGACAAGCAGAAUGAAUAUUACAUCGACCUUCGUGCACGCGCCCAUGAAGAAGGGGAUGAAAUGACAAGAUGCUUCAGCGAAAGCCAGGAGGCCUAUAGUCGCGGGGAUGGUGCUGCAGCCAAGGACCUCUCAAACCAAGGGAAAAUUCAUAAACAGAAAAUGGAACAGCUGAACAAAGAAGCGAGCGACCGGAUUUUUGAUAGCAAACCUGGGGAGAUUGACCUGCAUGGCCUUUAUGUUAAAGAAGCUAUUGCACGUACAGAUACUGCCCUUGAAGAGGCGAAGCGACGAGGUGACUCUGAAAUCAGGCUCAUUGUUGGUAAAGGUUUGCACUCCGAGGGGGGCACAGCAAAAGUAAGACUGGCUAUCGAGAAGCGGAUGCGCGAACACCAGUUAGUCGCAGAGCUUGACCCCUCAAAUUCCGGUGUUCUUAUUGUUGAGUUUAAUGGAGCAAGGGAUAGAGGCGUCGGGCCGGAUGAAAUUGCGCGCCGGCUUGACCGCGAUGAUGGUGGAUGCGUAGUUAUGUAAUUAAAUAAAUAAAUAUUAAAUUACCGCUUACGCCUCGGCAACUUGCCGGC